UCUCUCUCUCCAGACUAUGACCCAAAAUAUACCAUCCACAAAUCUAAUCGAUCAUCUGCUGGUCCUGGGGUUUCGGUACUUUCCCCCAUUUUCAUUUUCUUUGAAAUAAGCUCAAUUCCUCCGAGCCAGAAAGAAAAAUCCCAAUUGAAGGGUUUGGUAAAUGGCGUACUGGAAGAAGAAGAGCAAAAAACAGCUUCUUCUUGUGCUGGUGAGCAUUGCAAUAAUAAUAUUUUACCUGGUAAAUUCAGGGGAGGCAAAGGCAGGGGAAUGCAAACCUCCACUGUUCGUCUUCGGAGCUUCAAUGUUAGACGUGGGAGAGAAUCAGGCGGCCAGGCCAGGGCGGGAAGCAUCGGAGUUUCCUCCUUACGGCCUUCAUUAUUUCGGCCGUCCGGCCGCUCGCUACAGUAACGGCCGCUUGCUGAUAGACUUCAUUUCUCAGGGUUUGGGAUAUGGACUGGUGGAUCCAUAUCUGAGAUCGGAGGGGUCUAAUUUUAAGCGUGGUGCAAACUUUGCAUCGUCGGGAGCCACUUUUAAUUCAACUUUCUUUUCGCUUUCUGUUCAGAUCGAUCAGUUUCGUUUCUUUAAAGCUGCCGAGUUAGAUCUCAAUCUUACAGAGGGCUUGAGGGAAAGCAUUUUGACCAUUGAAGAUUUUUCAGAAGGAGUUUAUAUGAUUCAGAUUGGCCAUAAUGACUACAAACAAUUUUUUUCUACAAACCCUGGUCGUAAUGGGAACACAUUUGUCAUUGAAACUAUCCAACUUAUGAAGGAGGCACUUAUGCGAUAAAGAUGGCGAUAUAAAGAUGGUACAAUGCAAUGUUGGACCAAAUCAAAUCCUUUGUGAAGAAGGUCAUCCAACUCAAUUAACCAACAAAUAGUAGACAACAAAAGAGGGUUACUUGGAGCAUCGGUUCUGCCAGCGUUCAAAUCCUUUUUGUGUUUCUACAUUUUGUAUUAAUGAAAUGAAGAUGAUGGAGCAGAUGUUUGACACAAUCCAACUCCUUCCUGCAAAGGACAACAAUGUUGAUCCAAUCAAUAAUUUGGUUGACCGUCAUUUGAAUAGCAAAACCAAUCAUCCCAGAGGUAAAAUUAGGGUCGCCCAUCUUUCCAACACUAACAAUGUCCUUUAUCGUACAAAGAGAAUUCUAACUCCGAUCUAAAAAAAAUGUUAAUGGCAUCCCCUAGAUAAAAUCAGGACCACCAAAUUUUACAACUAAAGGCUUCUAUAGUUCGAAUAGAAUUCAAUGUAAUGUUGGUUGUGGGGAGCCAAGAUAAUGUCUUUGUUCUGAUGUAGAACAAUGAUAAGGCAUUUUUUUGCUUCAUUCUGACUAUCCCAUGACAAUGGGAGAAAACCCUGUCCGACAUGGCAAAAACAUCCCACUUGUGCCUGCCAAUUAUUAUGGUCG